GUCCCAGCAGCCCCCGCGCCGCCGGGGUCCUGACGGGCCGCUCCGUCUUCCGCCGCACGUGGCCUCAGCGCGAUGCCCAAAUCCAAGCGGGAUAAGAAAGUUUCUUUAACGAAAACUGCCAAGAAAGGCUUGGAACUGAAACAGAACCUGAUAGAAGAGCUUCGAAAAUGUGUGGACACAUACAAGUACCUCUUCAUCUUCUCCGUGGCCAACAUGAGGAACAGCAAGCUGAAAGACAUCCGGAAUGCCUGGAAGCACAGCCGGAUGUUCUUUGGCAAAAACAAGGUGAUGAUGGUGGCCCUGGGUCGAAGCCCAUCUGAUGAGUACAAAGACAACCUGCACCAGGUCAGUAAGAAGUUGAGAGGGGAAGUUGGUCUCCUUUUCACCGACCGCACAAAGGAGGAGGUGACUGAGUGGUUCGUGAAGUAUGCAGAAAUGGACUUUGCCCGAGCUGGGAACAAAGCAACUUUCACUGUAAGCCUGGAUCCAGGACCCCUGGAACAGUUCCCCCACUCCAUGGAGCCACAGCUAAGGCAGCUGGGCCUGCCCACUGCCCUCAAGAAAGGUGUAGUGACCUUGUUGUCUGAUUAUGAAGUGUGCAAGGAAGGCGACGUGCUAACCCCUGAGCAGGCCCGUGUCUUGAAGCUCUUUGGGUAUGAGAUGGCUGAAUUCAAAGUGACCAUCAAAUACAUGUGGGACGCACAAUCAGGAAGAUUCCAUCAGAUGGACGAUGACCUGCCUGAGAGUGCGCCAGAGUCUGAGGAAGAGCCAGAUGACGCUGAUGAUGAUUAACUGACUUAGGAUUGGGGUCUGCCUGUACUUCCUGUGCCUCCAGUGACCGACCACCCAGCACUGCUGCACUCCGUCUGGAGGGAAAAGCUACUUAUUUUGCUAUGGAUGAAGACGAGAAAGGGUGAAAGGAGUUGACUGUUUCCAUAGAGAAUAAAACUGUCCUCAGGUUGCCCCCUGUAGACACAAGAGACUUUUCAUAGAAA